UUAGAAAUUUGAGACACCCUAUGCCCUACAUUGCUCUGUGGCAGGACAUGGGACAUGAGUUUUGAUUCUGCUCUAUGUUGCAACGAAUUUCUUCUUUCCCUUGCACUUUUGUUUUCAUUACAACCUGUUCCCCUUUUGAAAAAGCAGCACUUAAAGUGAUUAGACAUUUCCACCCAAAAAAAAAAAAAAAAACCCUAUCUAUACAAAAAACCAUUCUUUUCCUUUAGUAAUUUCAUGGAUCCAAAGUAAGGAACAAAAAGUGUUUGUUACCCUAGAUAUCAAGAACUCUUAUCUUCUCUCAAAUCUCCAUCUCUCAAAAUCUUUAGAAGAAGAAGAAAAAAAGUCAAGAAUGGCACUAAGUAAUAAUGUCAUAGGGUGCAUUAACUUUGUAGCCAUGCUUCUUUCAAUUCCAGUAAUCGGUGCUGGAAUUUGGCUAGCAAUGGAAACUGACAACUCUUGUGUCAAGAUUCUACAGUGGCCAGUUAUUAUAUUAGGAGUUCUCAUUUUGGUUGUAGCACUUGCUGGUUUUAUUGGAGGGUUUUGGAGAAUUCCAGCACUUUUAAUUUUCUACCUCAUAGCUAUGCUUAUUCUCAUAAUUUUGCUAGCCUGUUUGGUAGUUUUUAUUUACAUGGUCACUAUUAGAGGUUCUGGCCAUAUGGAACCAAGCAGGACAUAUUUGGAAUAUCAUCUUGAAGACUAUUCUGGCUGGCUUAGAAGGAGAGUUCAAAGUCCUUACAAGUGGGAUAGAAUUAGAAGUUGUCUUAGCUCCACAACAAUGUGUGCUCAAUUGAAUCAGAGCUAUAAAAUGGCUCAAGAUUUCUUUAAUGCCCCUCUUAGCCCUAUGCAGUCAGGGUGUUGUAAGCCACCAACACAAUGUGGCUACACAUUUGUGAACCCAACAUAUUGGAUUAGCCCUAUAAACAAUGCAGCAGACAUGGAUUGCUUGAAUUGGAACAAUGACCAAACACAACUUUGCUACUCUUGUGAUUCUUGCAAAGCUGGAUUGUUGGCUAAUUUGAAGAAAGAAUGGAGAAGGGCAGAUAUUAUUCUUCUCAUUACUCUUGUUGGAUUAAUUUGGGUUUAUUUGAUUGGGUGUUGUGCUUUUAGAAAUGCCAAAACGGAAGACAUAUUCCGUAAGUACAAGCAAGGUUAUGCUGAUACUAAUUAGCUUGUACGUACUUAUGACAAGAGGCAGAUCCGGAAUCUUGAGUCGACUAGCCCGAGAUGUCUCUACUUAUGAGUUAUGUUAAUUUGAUGUAUUAGAAGAACAGCUAGUUGUAAAAUGCGGGAUUUAUGGAGGGUGAUUCUGAUUUCUAUUGAAUUUGUAAAACAGAAGAUUUCAUAUUUGGAUUAA